CGCGGAGGGAGCGCAGCGCGCGCUUGCGAACAUCCAGCCGGCUGCAUGGCGCGCUGCGAGCGGCUGCGCGGCGCGGCCCUGCGCGACGUGCUGGGCCAGGCGCAGGGAGUCUUGUUCGACUGCGACGGGGUGCUGUGGAACGGCGAACGCAUCGUGCCGGGCGCCCCUGAGCUGCUGCAGCGGCUGGCGCGGGCUGGCAAGAACACGCUGUUCGUGAGCAACAACAGCCGGCGCGCGCGGCCGGAGCUGGCGCAGCGCUUCGCCCGCCUGGGCUUCGCGGGGCUGCGCGCCGAGCAGCUUUUCAGCUCCGCGCUGUGUGCCGCGCGCCUCCUGCGCCAGCGUCUGUCCGGGCCGCCCGACGCACCGGGUGCUGUGUUCGUGCUGGGCGGCGAGGGGCUGCGUGCUGAGCUACGUGCCGCGGGGCUGCGCCUGGCGGGGGACCCCGGUGAGGACCCGCGCGUGCGCGCCGUGCUUGUAGGCUACGACGAGCAUUUUUCCUUCGCCAGGUUGACCGAGGCGUGCGCGCACCUGCGCGACCCCGACUGCCUGCUCGUAGCCACCGAUCGCGACCCUUGGCACCCACUCAGCGACGGAAGCCGAACCCCCGGUACCGGAAGCCUGGCUGCUGCGGUGGAGACAGCUUCAGGACGCCAGGCCCUGGUGGUGGGCAAGCCCAGCCCUUACAUGUUCCAGUGCAUCACGGAAGACUUCAGUGUGGACCCUGCCCGCACGCUGAUGGUGGGGGACCGCCUGGAGACCGACAUACUCUUUGGCCACCGCUGUGGCAUGACCACCGUGCUCACGCUCACAGGCGUCUCGAGCCUCGAAGAAGCCCAGGCUUACCUGGCGGCCGGCCAGCGUGACCUUGUGCCUCACUACUAUGUGGAGAGCAUUGCAGACUUAAUGGAGGGGCUGGAGGACUGAGCCCACCUCCCCUGUUGUUCCCUGAUCCCAGAGAUGGAGGCUAACAGGCCAUGAGUCACAUUCAGUCCCAUGAGCUCUCUGGUGUGGGUGUCGGUACCCCAGUGAAGGGAGGCUGGGAUGCAGGAAGGUUUGUGGGCUCACACACCCCUCCCAGCCAUGGCUGGACACUCUGCUCUUCAGAAGCUGUCCCCCCCACAUCGUGAAGAUUCACCCUGGCCUGACCCCGCCGGGUGGCCUUAUUUCCCACCCUGUCACCUCCCCUCCUUGGGCCAGAUGAGUUUUCCAACCUUGAGUACCUAAGCUUCCCCUAUUUUCUGGGACCUCUAGUGCUCUGUCCCUUGUCCUUGUUGGCCAAUUAGAGGUCCUUGUUGGCCAAUCAUUGGUCCUUGUUGGCCAAUCAGAGGUCUUGAGAACUCCCGCCCAUUCCUGGCCUGCACAGGCCUAUGGAAGGAAAGCGGCUAUGUGCUGCUGGCCUACUAGUGCCUCAGAGUGGGCCUUGAGUGGAGCAAGGAGGAGCUUAAAGAAUGCCUUGCGUAUCCUGGAGCCCCAGAGCCCCAGUCAGAGGCUAAGCGUCCAUCAGGACAACAACGAUUAACCAUUGGCCUCUUAGAUCCCAAGUAGAACAAUCUACAAGUCCUAGGGACUUGUGGCCUUUUGACAAUCCUGGCGUGACUGGAUCAGCUAAGGGACCAGGUCCUGACCAUGCAGGGUGAUGAAUGCCGUACAUAUAGCACUUGAGAGGCUGAGGCAAGAUGAUGGCUGAGUCUGGUGAUAGGGGUUGCAGAGUUAGACCUCAUCUCAGACAGAGGGUCAACUUCGAAGUCACACCCCUCCACAGACUGCUCAGUGGGGCCUGUCUGUGGCCCUGGGGUGUGGCAUGGAGAGGUUGCCACCUUAGUACCAUCCAGGGUUGAUGGCUUUUUCAGCUUGGAGGGGCCCUCAUGUCCCCGCCUGCAGUCAGUGUUUGCAGUGCCACCUUUCCACUUGACCAUUCCCAGCUAUUUAUUUGUUUAUUGUGUACCAGUGAAGGUAGGGGCAGGGCGGGACCUUCCCGCUCCCUCCACCUAUUGUAACCAGUCCUUGAACUUAAUAAAAUGUGAAUGGAAGUGUCA